ACACUGCAGAUCAGUGAAUAAACAUCAAGGAAAUGAGCUGAGCUUUUAUCUGGAAACAGAGAGUGAAACUAACUGACAUUCACUGUCGUCUAGAGGAGAAAUGGCACAGCAAGUGUUUUUGGAUCGAGAAAAACUGAGCUGUUCAAUCUGUCUGGAUCUACUGAAGGAUCCGGUGACUAUUCCCUGUGGACACAGCUACUGCAUGAGCUGUAUUAAAGACUGCUGGGAUGAGGAGAAUGGGGAGAAUGAAAUAUACAGCUGUCCUCAGUGUAUGCAAAGCUUCAUACCGAGGCCUGGCCUGGUGAAAAGUACCCUGUUAGCAGAGUUGGUGGAGGAACAGAAGAAAGUUGGACUUCAUGCUGUUUCACCUGAUCAGUCCUUUGCAGGACCUGAAGACGUGGCCUGUGAUUUCUGCUCUGGGAUAAAGGUAAAAGCCUUCAAGUCCUGUCUGGUGUGUAUGGCCUCUUACUGUGAGCAACACCUACAGCCUCACUAUAAUGUAGCUCCGUUAAAGAAACACAAGCUGGUUGAAGCCACUUCAGAGCUGGAGGAGAACAUCUGCUCUCGCCACGACGAGGUGAUGAAGAUCUUCUGCCGCACUGAUCAGCAGUGUAUCUGUUAUCUCUGCCUCAUGGAUGAUCAUAAAGGCCAUGACACAGUCUCUGCUGCAGCAGAGAGGGCUGAAAGACAGACGGAGCUCGGGGUAAGUAACCAAAGAAUCCAACAGAGAGUCCAGGACAGAGAAAAAGAUGUCAAGGUGCUUCAGCAGAGGGUGGAGACUAUCAAUCUCUCUGCUGAUGAAGCUGUGAGGGACAGUGAGAAGAUCUUCACUGAUUUGAUCUGUCUCAUUGAGAAAAGGAGCUCUGAGGUGAAGCAGCAGAUCAGAUCCCAGCAGAAAACUCAAGUGAGUCGAGCUAAAGAGCUCGAGGAGAAGCUGCAGCAGGAGAUCACUGAGCUGCAGAGGAAAGACACUGAGCUGGAGAAACUCUCACGCACAGAGGAUCACCUGCAUUUCCUCAACAACUACCCCUCACUGUCACAUCUGAGUGGGUCUGAAGACUUACCCAGCAUGGAUACCAGUCCUCUGUGCUCUUUUAAGGAUGUGACAGCAGCGGUGUCAGAGGCCAGAGAUAAACUGCAGGCUGUUCUGAGUGAGGAGUGGACAAAGAUCUCACUGGCAGUGACUGAAGUGGAUGUUUUACUGCCUCAAGCAGAGCCCAGAACCAAAGCUGAAUUUAUGAGAUAUUCACAUCAAAUCACACUGGAUCCAAAUACAGCACACAGGCGUUUGUCACUGAGUGACAGAAACAGAAAAGUAAAAUCAAUGGCAGUAGAACAGUUCUUCUUGGAUCACCCAGACAGAUUUGAUGAAAGGUGGCAGGUCCUGAGUGGAGAGGGUCUGACUGGACGUUGUUACUGGGAGGUGAAGUGGAGCGGGAAUGUUUCUAUAGCAGUUGCAUACAAGGAUAUUAGCAGAACAGGGACUAUGUAUGAAUGUAGAUUUGGAUAUAAAAAAAAGUCAUGGUCAUUAAAAUAUAACAGUGAUAGUUAUAAAUUCAGACAUAACAACAUUGUUACUUCCAUCUCAGGCCCUCAGUCCUCCACAAUAGGAGUGUAUCUGGAUCACAGGGCAGGUACUCUGUCUUACUACAGCGUCUCUGAAACCAUGACUCUCCUCCACAGAGUCCAGACCACGUUCACUCAGCCUCUCUAUGCUGGAUUUUGGUUUACACAAAGUCCUGGAGGCACUGCUGAGUUGUGUGAGCUCAAGUAGACUGAGGGAUUCAUGUCUUUACAGUAAAUGCUGAGGUGUGUCUGCACUGCAGACUGUGAUGUGUGUUCUUGGACUUGUUUUGUAUUGUUGUUUUGUUUGUGUCAAUCAAAUGAAAUGGUGAAAUGCAACAGAAAUACUUUCCCCUUGAUAUAGGGGUUAAACAAUCUUGAUUGCUUCAAUUCAAGUCUAAUGUUAUAUUUACUCAACAAUUUUUAAUGCACUAUGCAUGGAAAAUAUUGCAUAUGCACAAUGAAUGCAUUAUAAAGUAAAAAAAAGAAGACUUUUAGGUUUAGUUUAGUUUGGUUAUUUAAGCUGUAAUUGUUUUCUCAUUAGUACUUCACAUACUGCUGUGUAUAUUGCAUACGGUGCUGCUGUUGUACUGAUACUGCAAAAUCACAUUACUUUUUUAUUACUUUUUUUUUUUUCAAUUCACCCAAAAAGCACUUGUACUAGAAAAGUGGUAAAGUUAUAACUCUAACCUUCUGAAGAAUACUUCACUAACAUUUUAAGAAAACAUACUGAUAUAGCAAGCUCACAUUACUUCUUCUUUAAUGUACCCAAACAGUACAUUCAAAACUGGUUUAAUUCUGAAUGUAACCUUCAGAAAAAUAGUUUACCAAUCAUCCUUUUAAGAAUAAAUUCACAUGUAUUUACAGGGAAACAAUUUGUAGGUAAUAUUAUAAAAAGUUAAUGUUCAGAAUCCCACAAAAAAUAAAUAAAUAGUCAGUUUCUCUAAAUGUAACAUCAAAUCUCUAUUCUUUAAAAAACAUCACAUUCACAAAAUGCUCUGUGUUCUUCCUUUCACUGUUUGAGUAUCACAAAAAUCAUUCAUUUCCUUCUAAAUUUCUCUAAUCAGUCAGUUUUUUUAAGAUAUUUUGGUAACAAACACACAGGCAGAUUAAUGAAGACAAUCA